GCGAGAUCUUCAAAUAAGGGGGCCCCUCGCACAAUCAAUCAGACAGACAGCCAGUCAGGCGCCGGCAGGCAAGUGUGGCACGGCAGCACGCGUCAAUGUGUGUGUCACGGCAUGUGUGUAUGUGUGACGGCGUGUGUGUGUCUGCGGUGUCCUCUCUUCUCGCAUGCACGCGUCUAUCUGCUGCCUUCCUGCCGGCCAUGCCACGCGUCUUUCUGCUGCCAUCCACUCCACUCCAUGGACACACACACACACAUUAACAGACGGACGGGCAGGCAGACAGCGAAGCAGGCUCUGUACAUCAAUCAGCCACUCCCCUCGCCCUGCCCCUCCCUCCGGCCAGCAAUGGCUAUGUGCUGGCAGCCGAAUUGCACACAGGCAUCAUCCACUCAUUAUGACAUGGCAGCGGACACUCGCACUCAUCAACAUGCACUCAUCAACGUACGCUACCCGUCCAGUCCAUGGCCAGCCAGUCAGCCAUUCUACUCACAGCCAGUCUCUCUGUAUGUGUGCCCUCCUUCUGCAAUGCUGCCGGCAGCAGGCCGACAGGAGCUAACCCAUGCGCCAACCUGACACCACACACACACACACACACACGCAUUGACUGACAGAGGUGAGGCCUGUGUGCAUCAUCUCGCCCGCUUACCGGUUGGUGUGGCAUGUGGUAUCUACGAGCGCCUUUCCACGAUGACGCGUUUGUCCUGUAUGCGCAUGACGUAUGGGGCGUCGCCGAACGCCCGGGCUGCGGCACAGAAGACGCUGACCGCCGAACCGGACAAGGCAGGCCCGUCCGUGAAGCUCGAAGUGGCGGCCUCGGACACGGCGGGGUUGCCGAUGAUGGCAACCAGCACACCCACGAGCCAUCCGUCGAAGUCGUCUUGCCACACACUAUCAGGCACUGUCAAGUCUAGAGCCAGCAAAUCACACGGGGCAGACAGACAGGCAGGCAGAUGCUACAUGGCCGGCUUCCUCACUCUUGCCUCUCCCUUGUGUGCGUGUGCGUCCAUGCGUGUGUCCGUCCGUGGUGGGGGCGGGGGACAUACCGCCACUUACCGGCGGGAUCGAUGGUCACUUCCUGGAUGGCCGGCAAGUCGUGGUUCGCCCACUUCUGCAGACCGUCGAUACCGUACUCGACGAUGUCAAGCGCCGAUAUGUCCAUCGUCACUGUUAGCUUCUCGGAUACCCCCUCGUCACCACCGCCCCCCUGGCCGCUGCCCAGCUGGCCCUUCAGCGCCUCGAGGAAGUACACGGCAUCAUCAGGCCCCCGAAGACGGAUGUGGCGGCAUUUGGGCAUCUGCUUGGCGACGGCCUUGGCGAGGCUGUCGAGCGUCUCCUGGGUGAAGGGGCCGGCGGCACAUCUGAAUGUGUGGGCGCGGGGGAAGAUGGGGAAGGUGGUCGGGUCUGCGAUUGAAAUGGCGGGCGUCGCAUCUCCACUGUACGUGACCUCGUCUGCUAUGGCGGCAAACCCACGAACAACCCUCUGCACCUGAUGCCAUAGUACACACAUAGACCACGCUUGCCCCACGGAUGUCAUGUGCGUGCAGGAGUGCCGUCAUAGUGCGUGUAGCUAGGCUGACACACCUGACGUGACUUGUCCGCCAUCCAUGUGAUCAGCUCUUAUGUCCAUCUUCGAGCGCCUCUGGGGCUCGUCAUCCAAAGGGUACGAGGCCUUAAUGACGGUGAGCUGGUCGAGGGCCUGUGGCUGCAUCACCGCCUCCGCCAGCCGCCCCACCUCACGCACCAGCUCCUUGUCCGAUGCGUCGUCGGUCUGAAUGUGCAGCUCGCGAAGGUGGUGGCUGCAGCCCCGACUAAAGAGGGUCUCACGCAGCUCGGCCACAUACGUGGAGGACUGCCACCGCAAAUCGAUGGGACCGAUGGACUGGAGGCGGGAGAGGGACUUGCCGUCCUUGGGCGCCAUGGACAACAGGCCUUGCUUGACGCUCAAGAGAGUGGUGUUCACAUCGAAGUUCUCCAGGUGCUCGCACGCCUCCAUCCAGCGGCGAAGACUGCCCUCCAUGUCCUCUAGGUCAUAACCCAGCUCCCGCUUGAAUGUCAGCACUCGCAGACGCGGCGUGUGCCACACCCCCCUGCCGGUGCGGACGGCCGCGUACUUGUAGGGCAUCCUGUGCACCUCCUCCAGCUGCGACAGGUCGACGGGGGAGGGGAACGGGGGCAGCGGGUCCGCCGAUGUGUCGUGGCGAAAUCUGCUGUCGUGGUCGUCGUCGAAGCUGAGGACCUUGAUGGACGAAGCGGGCUCUGUCACAUGGUGUGCUGGCGGUGCUGUCCCCUCCUCUCCCCUCCUCUCCCCUCUCGUGCUGCACCUCCUCCUGCUCUUCGCUGAUGGCCUUGCGGGCCGCCGCAUUGCCCUCGAUGAUCGACACCCAAGUGCCGCGGCACCAGCAGCUUUCGUCGUAGGUGUAGCGGCGAGGGAUGGUGAGGCGCAGGUGCGUCAGAUGGAUCGCGCGCUGCCCCCACUUGUAGGCUGUCUCGAGCGGCAUCCUCUCCCACAGCUGGCGCACGCCGCCCUCGGCCGACCCGUCGAUGUGCAGGUGCGUGUAAUUGGCGGCCGCCUGGGUGAAGAGGGCCUUGCCGAGGAAGGGGAGACGACGCGUCAGCUCCCAGGGGUGAUCGAAGCCGAACACACUGGCGAGCUCGUCAGCAGAGAGACGGAGUCGGGCCUGCGGAUUAGACACAGACAGACACAUCGACACAGACAGAAACGAUUUGGUGUGCAGAGGUGGCGGGUCGUUGGCUUUGUGUUCUCACCAGCGGCUGGUCGGGCGGCGGUAGUCCCGAUCUAUGCUUGAUUCGAUACGAUGGCUGCGGUGAGGCAGCGGCACUCAAAUCGGAAUCAGCUGCGGCCGCCUGAGUGAAACCGAAAGACAACACCGAAGACAAAGAACGGUCUUCACCGCUCUCUCUUCAACUCAUUGUUAAUGUGCUUGUCUACCUCAGCGAUGGGUUCUUCUGGCGAUGCGUCGUCAACAUCCGUCUCAUCAGCACUCUCACCAUCACCACCACCCGCAGCAGCAGCAGCGGGUGAGGCGGCGUCGUUCGUAAGCUGUGGGCCAUCUGAUGCGGCCGGUGCUCUGGUGGUGAGGGCUCCGACCAUCUCACGCAAACUGGAUUCGGCAGCAGAGGCGUGGACGGACGCAGCUGUGAGGGAGCGCAGGGCAUCACCAGAAGCACCGCCGUCGCGCCGACUCGCACCACAACUCAUCUGCAGCAACAAAGCAGGCGCAGAGUGAAGGCAAGAGAGAGUGUGUGUGUGCGUAUCUGUAUAUGUGUUUGAUGCGGUGCGUCCCGAUUACACGUGCUCACCUCGAUGUCCAUCUGUAGUUGCCGGAUAUCCUCUUCCAGCGCGGCCGCCCGGGAACGCAACUGCACGAAUGAGGGGACCACACACAUCCACAGCAAGCAGGUGCGUGUGGCUGUCCGAAGGCGUCAUGCACCGGUUGCAGUAUCGAUGACCUCCGGAUAUAUGGCGGCGGCACGAGUAAAUGGAAUGGAGCGAUGAGUCAGUCGGGCUGGUGGAUAGCCACAAGCAAUUCCAUCACUCUCAGCCACACUGAACCAAGGCACACGCCCG